UCUAAUAAAUAGCAUCAUGACCACCAUAAUGAAGACCUUGGCUUCGAGUGCAGGGUCUUUCCCUCUUCAACAGGCAUGCUCAAAGGUUGUCCGAGCUAUUGCUCUAUAUGGGAUUGACCCAACCAACCCUGAAGACAGGAAGAGGCACAUUAUUCAUUCACUUUGCACUCCUCUUUCGGAUUCCCUCUUGGAUUCUCAAGAGAGCUUCACUUCUGGAGCUGCCCUUUGCUUAAGAGGGCCCUUGUUGAUUCAGAUAAUUGGCGUUUUUCUUUGGAUGAGAUGGUAAAUAGGGUCUGUCAGAAUGUUUCUGGAGCUUUGGAGGAGAAGUCCACUCAGACAAAUGCACACAUGGGUCUGGACCGUGUGGUCAUGUCCCUUGCGAAGCAUAAUGCAGUAAUUGUUGAACCAUAUGCUAUGUUGAGGAUUCAAGCUGGAAUCCGGAUAUUGGAUACUGGUGUAGAGGAGGGGAAUUCUUAGAAACGGCUGUCAGCUAUCGAAAUGGUGAAUUUCUUGAUGAAGUGCCUGGAUCCUUGGAGCAUUAUCUCUGAUUUUUUAUGAGUUGAUAAUUGAAGAAAUGGGGAAGUGUCAGUCUGUUCGGAUGGCUUAUGUCUCAAGGGCUGCCUUUGAAGCUCUGUAAACGGCAAGGCAAAUAGCUGCAGGUAAAGGUUCAAAACUUGAAAAGGCUCCUGGUUCGACCAGUGGGUCAAAUUUUAGUUGGAGAGACCAUAGCAGGAAGCGAAACUUAUCAACUGCCAGCGACCAUUCUCAUGCAUCAAUGUCAUCCGAAUCACAGACUCUAGAUUCCUUUGCUGAAUACGACUCAUUUGUUGAGACACCUAUAACAAUGAGUUGUCAGUGUAGCCGAAACUCAAUUUAUGAUUGUAGGAGUGUAAACCGGAAGCUUUGGAGUCAUGAGAAUGGAGGAGUUGAUGUGUCUCUCAAGGAUGGUUUCUUCUCGGAGAUUGCUCAGGGUAGUGCCUACUCAAAUGGAUAUCCAGGUAACCCUGGGAUUAAUGAAUUCGUGAAAUGUGAAGGAGAUAGUAAUGAGGAAUUUACGGGUUCCAGCAAACAAAUCCUAAAAAUGGAGUAUCAAGAAGCACCACAACUAGUCCUUGGACUCUCAGAGGUCUCGCACUCCACUCAAUGUGGACAGCAUCAUCUUCAAUACUCCGAGAAGGCUUGUUCACUCUCUUCAGGAACCAAAUAAUGCCGACUCAAAGUUCUCCAAGAAACCAGCGAGAAGAUCUAGAAGUUUAUCCAUGAACGAGUUUGAUUGGAGCCCAAAUGCCAGAUACGAUCAAAAUGGUUAUUCAUAUGGUGCAAAUUAUGAUGACGGAAAGCAUGGUAGCUUCUAUGGCAGCGGUGAGAAGUUUGAAGGUGGUCCUGAAUCAGUGUCAUCAACAGAUGGCAUUCCAACAGAUGCUGAUUUGCAGGUGUCUCAUGAGGUGGUUCCAGAAAACAAAAUAUCUCAUGAGGCGGUUCCAGAAAAUAAAACAUAAAAAGUCCCUGUCAAAAGGCUGCUGUUAAAUUGUUUUGUGGUGUUUCUUUUGCUCUACUUGCAGUAGCUAUGCCACUCCUUUGGAUUAAUGAUCAAGGCGAAUGACAUGGUUACCAUCUAGUUCCAGUUUAAUGUACUCAUUCUCUUGUUCGAACUUAGUCUAAACAAUCUGACGGAUCAAUUUCUUUUGAUGAAGUGAAAAAUGGUUGUAGACAGGAGAAUCUCUCUAUAUGUUCUGUAACCCUAGAAUUUAACCAUUCCAGCCAGAUGUGGAUGAUUAAUGUACAGAAGAGAACUGAAGAAUUUUUGUUAUUGAGGAAAUGCUUAUUCAUUGCUUUUG